CGGAAUUCUAGACCAUUCAUCGGAUUUCCAAAACCCCCUUCUUUAUCGCCUGACUCGCCCCCAACAACUCACACCACAAUCCUCCGUCCCCAGACUGCUUCCGCGCAUUUCAAUCCGCUCCCCCACUCCAUGGCCUCUGCACUGAGAGCGCCGGCGUCAGUUUCCGUCGGCCCCACCGCCAACUCCACUGCAUUACCGCAUAAGUUUUCGUGCGUCGUUUCAUUUCCCAGCAGCAGGAGAAGAAGACGGACUUCCUCAUGUCUCCCUGCUCGGUAUCUCACACAUCAACGCUAUUCUGGACACGAAAUUCUACUACCAGUGCGUCGCUCGCCGGGGAAAUUUUCUAUUUUUGCAUCAGAUGGAGAGGUCGCUGAGGCUGCUGCUCACGCAGAACCCCAGGAGCAGGAUCAAGUUCAAGAGCCUGUGGUAGAGGGGAAUCAAGAUGGUAAUGCUAGCAGUGAUGGUGGCUUAGAUGAUGUUGAGGCUGCAGCUUUAGAGGAUACCUCUUCACCUCUUAUGAUUGCAUUAGAGUCAUACAGAGAGGCCUUGGACAAUAAUGAUGAAUCGAGAAUUGCAGAAUUAGAAUCCUUUUUUAAGUCUAUAGAUAAUGAGAAAGUCCAGCUUGAGAAAAAAUUGCUGAUUUUAACUGAAGAGCUCUCAAAUGAGAAAGACCGAGUUCUUAGAAUUAGUGCCGAUUUUGACAAUUUCCGAAAGAGGACCGAGAGGGAGCGGCUUUCUUUGGUCACAAAUGCACAAGGAGAAGUUGUUGAGAAACUUUUACCUGUGUUGGAUAACUUUGAUAGAGCGAAAACCCAAAUCAAGGUUGAGACUGAGGGAGAGGAGAAAAUCAACAACAGCUACCAGAGCAUUUCUAAGCAGUUUGUGGAAAUUCUAGGAUCUUUUGGUGUUACUCCUGUUGAGACCACUGGGAGUGUCUUUGAUCCAUUGCUGCAUGAAGCUAUAAUGCGUGAAGAUUCAAUGGAAUUUGAUGAAGGUGUCAUCAUAGAAGAAUUUCGCAAGGGCUUCCAACUCAGAGAUAGACUCUUGCGCCCCUCAAUGGUGAAGGUGUCUGCUGGUCCUGGACCUGCAAAGCCGGAGGAGAUAUUGAAUGAUACAGAAGAACAAAAAGAAGUUACCGAGGCAGGCGAGGAAGGUAGUAGUCAGCAGGAGGAUGCAAAUGAGACCCAUUAAUUAAGUGAGUAUCUCUGUCCAAAUGCCAUCUCUAUUGCCAAAACAAACUCUUAUUUUUUCUGAUGUCUUGUACAAGUAAAACAUGAACCAAAAUGUUCCGCACUUCAAGUCAAGUCUUGGUUUGUGUAUUGGUUUGGUCUCGGUGAGUUUAUGGAUGCAUAUUUGAAAGCCCGAUUGAUUUUUGUUACUGACUGAGCAUUGGUGCAAACAUUGUCAUUUCACUUGAAUGAAUGAUUACCCUAAUG